AAGCGAGAAUGUUAUUUGCUUCUUUUUAGAUAGAAUGAAAAAGAAAAAAAAAAGAAAAAAAAAAACGAAGCAAACAAAACAAAACAAAACACACACUCAAAACUCAAAAACUCCCCCGAAAGGACAAACAGAGAAACUCCCGCAUGUUCAAACGGAGGGUUUUGGGAGAUUUCAGAGGGUAAAAUUCGUCGAGAAUUAGACUUCAAGCUAUAUAAUUCGCACAUCAACUACUGGAAGGGUAUUUUUGGAGAAUGAUAGCGAGAACGAGUUUCAUCCAGAGUUGUUCCUUUUAGUUUGUAGUUUUGGAAAUGAUGUACAGAGGGUUUUACUGCGCAAGCAUCCGUUUGUAAGAUUUUAUUUCUGUAGCGUGAGAGAGAUUCUAUGGAACAACAAUUGGAUCAGGAUUCCAUUCCUGUCGGGUCAUUAGACAAAUCUAAGGUAUUGAAUGUAAAACCGUUGCGCCAACUAGUUCCAGUAUUCCCAUCAGCACAAAACGUGUCAUCUUUUUCAACUCCCCAAGGUGCUGCCCCAUUUGUGUGUGCUGGUCCUUCUGGUCCUUUUCCACCUGGGGUUGCUCCAUUCUAUCCCUUCUUUUUUUCACCAGCUGAACAAAAUCAACAUACACCAGGUGGAACAACAAAUACUAAUGCAUCUUUUGGCCUCAAUAGUCCUAUAUCAACUGCAGUUCCAAUAUCUUCAUUCAGGACACCAACUGAGGGUACUUCAACACAAAAUACUGGCUCUAGAAAAAAUACUAGAAGUCGUGCCCAGUUACAAGAUGGCUACAGUGAUAGCCAAAAUGAUAAUUCUCAGUAUUAUGGCAUGGGUGUAAAUGAUGGGGAAGAUUCAAGUAAAGUGGGUCGGAAGAACAAAGCGAAGAAGAAGACAAGGAAUGGUCAGGACAUUAAUUUUACAUCAGAUGUUGAUAUUGAUGCAAUGCUCAAUGAAAUGGUUUCAACGUACAACCUUUCAGUGUUAGAUUCAAAUCGACAAGCUCAUGGUACCAUAGAAGCAGUUUCAUGCGUGCUCAUGGUAUUUGACCUGUUGAGACGGAAGAUUUCACAAGUUGAAGAGUCUAAGGAACCGAUGCCUGGAAGUAUAAGGCGUCCAGAUCUUAAAACAGGUGCAUUUCUGAUGACCAAAGGGAUUCGAACAAAUAUUAAUAAAAGGAUUGGAACUGUUCCUGGUGUGGAAAUUGGUGAUAUCUUCUUUUUCAGGAUGGAAUUGUGCCUGGUUGGGUUGCAUGCUCCAUCCAUGGCUGGGAUUGACUACAUGGGUUUAAAGGUCAGUCAAGAUGAAGAACCGGUUGCGGUUAGCAUUGUCUCAUCUGGUGGGUAUGAGGAUGAUACAAAUGAUACAGAUGUGUUAAUCUACAGUGGCCAGGGUGGAGUGAACAGGAAGGAUAAGGAAUCAAUAGAUCAAAAGCUUGAAAGGGGUAAUCUUGCUCUGGAGAAGAGCUUGCAUCGUGGAAAUGAUGUCAGAGUUAUUCGAGGGGUGAGAGAUUUUAGUAACCCAACAGGGAAGAUCUAUGUUUAUGAUGGUCUUUAUAAAAUCCAGGAGUCUUGGGUAGAGAAAGGCAAAUCUGGCUGUAAUGUAUUUAAAUACAAAUUGGUGCGAUUACCUGGACAGCAGGAAGCAUUUUUGAAUUGGAAAUUAGUCCAACAAUGGAAGGAUGGAAAUGUAUCUCGAAUUGGGGUCAUAAUACCAGAUCUGGCUUCUGGUGCAGAAAGUCUACCUGUCUCACUUGUUAAUGAUGUUGAUGACGAGAAGGGCCCUGCAUAUUUCACAUAUUAUGCUGGUCUGAAAUAUUUAAAACCAGUAUACUCGAUGGAACCUUCAGCUGGCUGUAACUGUGCUGGUGGAUGCCUUCCAGGCAAUAUCAAUUGCCUUUGCAUGCAGAAAAAUGGUGGAUAUCUUCCCUAUAGUUCAAAUGGGGUUCUUGCAAGUCAACAGUCUAUGAUAUAUGAAUGUGGAGCCUCAUGUCAAUGCCCUCCCAAUUGCAGGAAUCGUGUGUCCCAAGGAGGACUUAAAUUUCGGCUGGAGGUAUUCAGAACUAAAGGUAAAGGCUGGGGGCUAAGGUCUUGGGAUCCCAUUCGUGCUGGAGCUUUUAUCUGCCAAUAUGCAGGGGAAGUCAUCGAUAGUCCAAAGGCUAAGGACUCUGUGCGGGACAAUGAAGAUGGUUAUAUCUUUGAUGCCACACGUUCUUAUCCAAACCUUGAAGUUAUUUCUGGUGAUUCUGACGGGCCUCCAAAACUCCAAUUUCCCCUAGUUAUUAGUGCAAAAAAUGCUGGCAAUGUUGCUCGUUUUAUGAACCAUAGUUGCUAUCCAAAUGUAUACUGGAAACCAAUUAUACGUGAAAAUAAAGGCGAGCAUGAUGUUCAUAUUGCCUUUCAUGCAAUCAGGCAUAUACCUCCCAUGAUGGAGUUGACGUAUGAUUAUGGAGUAAUCCCACCUGAAAGUGCUGAUGGAAGGAAGAUCAAUUGCCUAUGUGGGUCUUUAAAAUGUAGAGGCUAUUUUUGUUAGUGCUUUGUGAAACAGUGUAUUUAAUAGGGAUGAAUCGCCUGAUUUGUGCUCUUUGAAAUAAGAUGAAGUCAAGAAAUGACAGACACUUCAGAAUAUGUAACAACUCUGGGCAUUCGGUUUGUGUUGUCGCCGCAGCAGUGUUGACCACGUUCUCUCACGAAUGGCCAAAUUUUCCUCUUUUGUUGUAAAAGCUGUAAAAUACAUAUUUAAUGAUGUAGCUUUGCUCUUUUGUCUAUUGUUUUAGCUAGAUAUUAGUUAUGUUUAUGAUCUAGCUGCAUCUUCUUCUCCAUGUGCGUUAGAUGAUAUGCCUAUUAGUACUUGCCAUGGAUGCUCUUCUUGAAUGUGGAAGAAAAUGACAGGGUUUCUAUUCAUUACCAGCAACUGAUACUGUUUUUUCUUUC